UUACACAAUUUGUCACAUUUUUUUUUUUUACAAAAUUUGUCAGGCAUUUUCUCUCUCCUUGAAAAACAUUUUGAAUAACAAAAUUUUGCAGCCACUCACGCUGUUACCCAAUAAAGAAACGACGAUCGCUGAUUGAAAACCACCCACCGCCGGCUGGCGACCUCUGCGGCUCCGCCCACUCUAUAAACUAAUAAAUCUGGUUUCAUCAUGGAAGUUCAUAGUCAUCUUGGAAUUGCUAAUACCUCUAACAGGCUAUUUGCUGGCAUGCUUAAGAGACAACAAUAUAUAUCAAGGUUUCAGUUGAGGAAUACAAGAGUUCAAGCAUCAUCUGAGACGUUGAAGGUACCUCCUACAUGUACGAAGUAUGGAAAAGACCAACCUCUUGUCAAGAUGUGUGGGAUCACGUCUGCUAGAGAUGCUGCAAUUGCAGCUGAAGCUGGUGCUGAUUUUAUUGGGAUGAUCAUAUGGCCAAAAUCUAAACGUUCUGUUUCACUUGCAACUGCCAAGGAGAUUUCAGAGGUUGCUAGGAAGUAUGGAGCUGAGCCAGUGGGGGUAUUUGUUGAUGAUGAUGCUGACACUAUUUUAAAAGCUGCUGCUGCAUCAAACAUAGAAUAUGUCCAGCUUCAUGGGAAUGGUUCACGGAGUACUUUCCCACAGUUGGUAAAGGAGAAUCGAGUUAUUUAUGUUCUUCACGCUGAUAAAGAUGGGGUGCUCCUGAAUGAUAUUUCUCAAGAAGAAUGUUCUUUAGUAGAUUGGAUUCUUGUAGAUAGUGCAACUGGAGGAAGCGGAAAAGGAUUCGAUUGGACGCAGUUUAAAUUACCAUCAAUAAAAAGCAAACAUGGUUGGCUAUUGGCUGGAGGAAUCAAACCCGAAAAUGCUCAGGAUGCUCUUCUUACCCUUCGCCCGAAUGGAAUUGAUGUUAGUAGCGGUAUUUGUGCUGCAGAUGGCAUCAAGAAGGACGAGUCACGGAUAUUUGCUUUCAUGAAUGCAGUAAAAUCUGUGCAGUACUGAUUUUAGUGUUAGGUCUAUUUUCAUCCAAAAUAGUUUCCUUUUUCUUUUGUUGUCAACCUCCCUUCACAUUUAACAGGGAUUAUUGGAUACAUCUUGACCUUUCUAAACCCUGUCAUUGAAGAAAUGUAUAGAAAUACAUCAAGUUGUUAAUGUAUUGAAACUUUUACUAGAUUUCAUGUAGAGCCAUAUGAGAAUUAGUUUACUUAGUGUCUAAAUUGGUAGAGCACUCAUUUGAAGGUGAUCCUAGGUUCAAAAUUUGUCAAGGGAAAAGGUUGGGGUUAAUAGGUAUCUUGUAAGAGUGGUGUUUGUAUAAUUAAGACGAAGGAGCUGUCUGUCUAGUCUGUUGGAACAAUGAUUUGAACCUUCCUGUUUUAUCGUA